AUGUCCUCGAUCUCCUCAAGGGCUACCAUCCAAGCAAUGAAGUUCAUCUUUGCCAAGUUUGGAAAUCCAAAGACGCUCGUCACGGACAACGGAACGCAGUUCAUGUCGUCUCAGUUCACUUCAUUCUGUCGUUCCCGAGGAAUCUUGGGACGAACCAACAGUGGACACACUACAGACGUUACUGAUAGCAUAUCGCACUUCUGCCCGUCGUCUGCACCUGGCCAGCGUUCACCUGCCAAAGCCUUCCUGGGACGCCGACUGCGAACGGAAUUCGACCUAAGGUUACCUUCUAGAGAUAGCAGAAACGGUACACGAGAUCUCAAAAUGGAAUCUCAAUUCAAUCGUCGAAAUAGAGCACGACGCCGCUACUUUGAGAUCAACGACGCGAUUUUUGCCAAGGAUUAUCGAGAUCAGAAACCCACUUGGACUCCCGGUUUCAUCACACGCCGUGUUGGAAACACAACCUACACUGUUCGCUGUGGAAACGAAGCAUGGACUCAGCACGUAAACCACUUGCGAUCCAGGAUCGUCACAACUGCGACUGACACUUUUUUGGAUGUGAUCGACCUACCACAACUCGACUCCUGCCGCCGACUACAGGCGGACCCAUGA